GGGACGGCCGGCACCGCGCCGCCACUCGCCAGUCCGCUCCUCCCGGGGCGGCCGCCGCUGCCCGCGGUGCGGACCAUGGACCGGCUGAGCGUGCUGGACCAGCUCCUGCCAGAGCUCAGCAUCCUGCUCAAGCUGCUGGACCAUGAGUACCUGAGUGCCACAGCCCAGGAAAAGAAGGUGGCUGUGUCCUCCAUCCUGCAGAAGCUGCAGCCACCCACAGGGAAGGACACAGACUUCAUGUAUGUGAACACGGCCUCCCUGAGCAAUGGCACCAGCUUUGUGGAGUCUCUCUUCGAGGAGUUUGACUGUGACCUGCGGGAUCUCCGGGACAUGCAGGAGGAUGAUGGAGAUACUGGUGACAGCAUCGGUGUGGAGCUCGCGAGGAGCCAGCCAGCAAAGAGCGUUCCUGCAGACCCCCCUCCGCCUCUACCCACCACCCCCCCACCUGAGGAUUACUAUGAGGAAGCGCUGCCCCUGGGCCCGGGCAAGGCCCCCGAGUACAUCACCUCCCGCAACAGCUCCAGCCCCCCCAACUCUAUCAUGGAUGGCUACUAUGAGGACGCAGACAGCAACUACCCCGUCACCAGGAUGAACGGGGAGCAGAAGAACUCUUACAACGACUCAGAUGCCAUGAGCAGCUCCUAUGAAUCUUAUGAUGAAGAGGAGGAGGAGGGGAAAGGUCAGCAGCUGACACACCAGUGGCCAUCAGAAGAAGCCUCCAUGAACCUGGUGAAGGACUGUAGGAUUUGUGCUUUCCUGUUGCGCAAGAAGCGCUUCGGGCAGUGGGCCAAGCAGCUCACCAUCAUACGGGAUGGCAAACUGCUGUGCUACAAAAGCUCCAAGGACCGGCAGCCACAUGUGGAAGUGCUACUGAGCACCUGCAAUGUCAUCUAUAUCCCCAAGGAUGGGCGACGCAAGAAGCACGAGCUGCGCUUCUCACUGUCUGGCGCUGAGGCACUGGUGCUGGCUGUGCAGAGCAAGGAGCAGGCUGAAGAAUGGCUGAAGGUGAUAAAGGAAGCAAGCACUGCAGGAACGAGUGGGAUGGAAGUCCCCAUGUCCCCAGUGAUGCCCUGCAAGAUGGAUCUGGAUAAGAGGCUGUCACAGGAGAAGCACACCUCUGACUCAGACAGUGUGGCGACGGGUGAGACCUGCUCCCCCAUGGCACGCAGAGAGCUCUGCGAGAAUGGGAAAGUCAAGAAGAGCGGCUUGGCUGACCUGAAGGGCUCAAUGAGCCGGGCAGCAGGGAAGAAGAUCACCAGGAUCAUCAGCUUCUCCAAGAAGAAGCCUUCCCCUGAGGAUACGCAGACCUCCUCCACUGAGGAGGAUAUCCCAUGCUGCGGCUACCUGAGCGUCCUGGUCAACCAGUGCUGGAAGGAGCGUUGGUGCCGCCUCAAGGCCAACACCCUCUACUUCCACAAGGACCGCACCGACCUGCGCACCCACGUCAAUGCCAUCAACCUCCGGGGCUGUGAGGUGGUCCCAGGACUGGGUCCCAAACACCCCUUUGCAUUCCGUAUCCUGCGCAAUGGGCAGGAGGUGGCCGCUCUAGAGGCAAGCUGCUCAGAAGACCUGGGCCGCUGGUUGGGCCUUCUCUUGGUGGAGACGGGCUCCCAGACCGCACCGGAGGCCUUGCACUAUGACUACGUGGAUGUGGAGACGAUUGCUAACAUUGUGACAGCCGUGAGGCACUCCUACCUGUGGGCCAGCAGCUCCCAGGACAGCCGGCCCGACUCCUCCCGCGUGGUGUAUGAUGAUGUCCCCUACGAGAAGGUUCAGGCUGACGAGGAGUCGGGACGGCCAGCAGGAGCCCAGGUGAAGCGCCAUGCCUCCUCCUGCAGCGAGAAGUCACGGCGAAUUGACCCGCAGGUCAAAGUGAAGAGACAUGCAUCGAAUGCCAACCAGUACAGGUAUGGGAAGAACCGGGCUGAGGAGGAUGCCAGGCGGUUUCUGACAGAGAAGGAUAAGCUGGAGAAGGAGAAAGCAGCAAUUCGCAGUGAGCUGGUGCUGCUGCGGAAAGAGAGGAGGGAGCUGCGGGAAGCCAUGAAAGGCAGCUCAGGAGUGAAGCUGCAGGACCUGGAGCAGCGUGUGGCUUUGCUGGAGGAGCAAUGCCGGCAGAAGGAGGAGCGCCGCGUCGACCUGGAGCUCCAGCUGAGUGAAGUGAAGGAGCAGCUGAAGCAGUCGUUGGCAGGAGGGCCGGCCCUGGGACUGGCUGUGACCAGCAAGGCUGAGAAUGGGGAAGCUACAAACAAGCCAAAUGGGAGCCCUCCUGAGCACUUGGUUCCCGUUAACAGUGCAGCUGAACUGAGAAAGAGAAGCCCCUCCAUCCUUCCUGCCAACAAGGGCAAUGUGCUGAGGAAGGCCAAGGAAUGGGAAAAGAAGCAGACUUAAACCAGGCAGUGGGAACACCUGCCAGGCCCCACUGGACACUGUGGCCUACUGAGGAGAUACAAGGCCCCUUUCCCAGGCGUGGGGAGAAGUGUCGCCUCCCUUGCCCCUGUGCUACAGUGCCUGCCACAUGGGCAAUACUGUGAACUGUGGGGAAAGGGGCGGGAGGGGAUUUACACAGAGCGAGGUGCUGGAGCAGGCUGCCCAGAGAAGCUGUGGAUGCCCCAUCUCUGGAGGCACUCAGGGCCAGGUGGGAUGGGAUCCUGGGCAUCCUGAUCUAGUGGUUGGCAAGCCUGCCCAUGGCAGGGGGGUUGAAACAAGAUAUCUUUAAGGUCCCCUCCAACCUAAUCCAUUCUAUGAUGAGGAGGCAGAUGGGGAAGAGGAUUCCUUUGGCAAUCAGGGUCACAUACUACUGGGGAACCUGUCUCUGGGGGUCCUCCUGCAUGGCCAGGAGCUUGGCACAAGGCAUGUACCUGUGUGACACGGACAGCGUGUGGGACUGAUGCAGCCAUCGGAUGCUCUGCUUCAUCGAGAUCCAUGUUCUACCCCAGGGACACCAGAGGCCUGGCUAAUGUUUUCCAAAGUGACUGGAUUCUUUGGGGAUUCGUGGCUGCCUGGACACUGGGGUUUAUGAGCUCAGGACCUGAUCCCUUGGACAUGCCCAUAAUUCACCCUUCUCACUGCUCUCAGCUCCAUGGGGUCUCAUCUCAGGGUUCUUUGUGCCUCUGGCUCACUGUGUGUCAGCUGCAUGUCCUCACUGAGUGCCUCCUCCUUGUCCUUCAGGCACACUUGCUUCCUUUGGGAACAAAGCUCAAGCAUCAGCAAAUUAACAGCAGGCAUCUUCUGACCUUACUGAGCAGCACACUAGGCUUUAAGAGCUGAGGCUGGAGGCAGCCCGACUCCCCAACCCCGUGCUGCUUUCAGGGGAGCAGAAGGGCCUGGGACACAGUUUGCCAAAGCACGUCGUCAAUGUGGAGCAAGGGGAAGUUUGAAAAUAAAAAAAUAAAAAGUGCUUUCAAGUGAGAGGACUGGAACAGAAAGGAGGAAUGGGGGAAGGUAAUUCAGCACAGGUAGAAACAGGGAGAGGAACGAAAAGGGAAGGCCCAGGCCGGUGUGCCAGGGACAACGGAGCACCCACGGCCGCUUUGUGCUCACUGCCGACAGUUACCCUCUGCAGCUUGGUGCCCUUUUAACUCGGUCAGCAGCUCGUAAUAAAACCACUGGCACUGGCAAA